UUAAUUUUGCUCCCUAACUGUUUUGAAUUUCUCUUCCAUUUGAACCCUGUAUCCUGAUGGCAGGCCUUUAUUUGGAGCAAGCAUGGGGGAGUGAGUGUGUGUGAGUCACAAGGUGAUUAAUUUCGGCUGUGUGGCGCCUUGGGGUAGGCAGGGAAAUGCUCUGCCUGGCUUAUUUCCACAUGGGUCUCUGCAGCACUGGGUCAGCCUUCCUUCCCCGAGACCCGGAAACAAUAGACUCUGCUUCAUGUAUAGAGUGCCGGUGUUCCUGGAAAUCGCCUGGAUUCAUUUUGCUUGGAGGGAAAGAAAGGGAAUCAGAAGCUUAGAGAAGUUGAAAAUAUGUGGGGGAGUCAAGAUUCAAAUCCAGUUUUGUCUGACUUCAAAAUCCAUUAUCUUAACCACUAAGCUGCCUGCCAUUUAGACUCCAAACCUUGCUUGCAGACCUAUAGAAUGGAGAUGACAUAGUACUUGCAAAAUGAGGUUGAAGAUGGAAUCCAUGGCGGAAGGAAGGCCUGGGUCUUCAGACCCCUGGCUGCCAGUCCAGAAGUGGCACUGUGAAAGCAUCUGUAACAUCUGCUGUAGAUGCCCUAACAAUCAAGUGGGCUUGGAUUUGGACAUUCUCAGUAGGAGUGGUUAAAGGCUGAUGGGACCAUAAACAUUGAAGGUAGAUGAUUCUUCAAAUUAAAGAUGGAAGCUGACUUUUCGCACCAGAAAUGGUUUAUAGAAUCAACUUGCAAAAAUGAUUCUUUUCAGCAUCUGGAGACUUCACUCUGUGUCAUGUCUUUGUGUGAAGACAUGCUGCUUUGUAACUAUCGCAAAUGUCGCCUCAAACUCUCUGGUUAUGCGUGGGUCACUGCCUGCUCUCACAUCUUCUGUGAUCAGCAUGGCAGUGGUGAGUUUAGUCGUUCACCAGCUAUCUGCCCUGCCUGCAAUAGUACCCUUUCUGGAAAGCUAGACAUUGUCCGCACAGAACUCAGUCCAUCAGAGGAAUAUAAAGCCAUGGUAUUGGCAGGACUUCGACCAGAGAUUGUGUUGGACAUUAGCUCUCGUGCACUGGCCUUCUGGACGUAUCAGGUACAUCAGGAACGUCUCUAUCAAGAAUAUAAUUUCAGCAAGGCUGAGGGCCAUCUGAAACAGAUGGAGAAGAUAUAUACUCAGCAAAUACAAAGUAAGGAUGUAGAAUUGACCUCUAUGAAGGGAGAGGUCACCUCCAUGAAGAAAGUGCUAGAAGAAUAUAAGAAAAAGUUCAGUGACAUCUCCGAGAAACUUAUGGAACGAAAUCGUCAGUAUCAAAAGCUCCAAGGCCUCUAUGAUAGCCUUAGGCUGCGAAACAUCACUAUUGCUAACCAAGAAAGUACCCUUGAACCAUCCAUGAUUGCACAGUCUGGUGUUUUUGGCUUUCCAUUAGGGAACAACUCCAAGUUUCCUUUGGACAGUACACCAGUUCGAAAUCGGGGUGGUGGAGAUGGAGAUCUUCACUUCAGACCGUUUUUUGUGGGUUCUCCCAGAGCACCUGAACCCAGCAACAGCUUUUUUAGUUUUGCCUCUCCAAGUCAUGAAUUAGAGCAGCAGCAAAUCUCUAGCAGGGCCUUUAAAGUAAAAAGAAUUUAGCUCACUUUACAGAGUAUUUCUCUGUUCACUCUUAGUGAUCUCGUUUAGCACAUAAUCUUUAUUCUAGUUAGAAUGAGAUCACCAACCUUUGUGUGCUAUUACAUUUUCAACUUAAUGAGGAACUCAGUGUCAGCAGGAGUGGCUUUAGGGUCUGGCAUCUUUUUCUGUUUCCAUCAUUUAAAGUGUGAGCAUUAUAUUAAACUCAAAUUUACUGUGACUGUUGAGUUUUCACCAGUAGUGAAAAGGUUACAGUAUUACUGCUUGUUUUGUAGAUCACCAUUUGUUUUCUGUCUGUGUUAUUUCCAACUGAACUAGGUGUUUAUGUAUAUGUAUAUAAGCACGUAUGUUAUAUAUCUACAUGUCACUUUAUAUUCUGGUAUUUAUGCAUAUAUGUAUAUAUGCUUUCCUUUAUAUUGAUAUUUUGCUGUAUUUGCCAGCAUAUUUAUGUGAAGAUUUUGGUCUCAGGAAAUGGCAGGUGAAUCUGUAGCUUGUUAUUUGGGUAUGUUCCUUUAUUUGUAUAUAUUUAUGUAUCUGCCCUUGUAUUAGUUUGUUUGGAGGUAUGCUCAUGUUGGUGAAUAAGAAUACAAUUUGAUGCUUGUAUGUUGUCUGUUUUUCUAUUUUUUUAAAUUUUGUUGUCUGUAUUUCUAAUUAAAAAUGAUUUGCAGUGAUAAAGUUAUUUUGUAAAGUUGAUUUUUUGGCAUUUAUUUUAAAAUGAAAUGACUCUUUACCCUUUUGCCAGCAGUGCCUUAUUUACGAAUACACUCUUACCCCAGAAAACUUACAAUAUGUUAUUGAUCUCAAGAGAUUAUAUUAAUUAAAAUA